AUGCCUUCUCCUGAACAAAGACCCACCGUAUUCUUGCAGAACGCCUGCUACGAGCAUCAAUAUAUUCGCUCGAAGGACUCUUCUUUGAUUGUAGAGCGCCCCGAGCGACUUCGUGCAGUUAACCUAGGCUUGGCAGCGGCAAUAGCUCGCCUCGGGGAUUAUUCCGACGCGCCAGUGGCGCCAGGCAAACCAGACGAUUCCGACGCGUCAGAUCUAGCGGAUGCUCUGAGUCGUAUAGAUAUCAAUAGAAGCAGCACGCGAGAUGAGCCCGUGAACACCAUUCGCAGCUCUGCAUCUGUUCAACUCAUGAACAAUCCUGCCCUCAAAUUUAUUCAUGGAGACAUCGACGGCGACAAGUACCUGGAGAACCUGACUUUAUGGAUCAAAGAAAGUCGAACCAAGAUCGCGAAUGACCAGUCAGAAAUACCUGACGGGCUUUCUCAAGGCGAUCUUUAUUUAUGUCCUGGCACUCUCGACGCCAUUCAGGGUGCUCUUGGUACCGUUUGCGAAGCCGUCGAUACUGUCGUGAAUACCAAAGAUUCAGCGCCGCGAGCCUUUGUUGCUAUUAGACCGCCUGGUCAUCAUUGUGGUGAAGACACGCCGUCGGGAUUCUGCUUCGUUAACAACGUCGCCGUCGCUGCGGCACACGCCCAUCUCAAUCACGGGGUUAAUCGCGUUGUCAUCUUCGAUAUCGACCUACAUCAUGGCAAUGGGACUCAGUCCAUUGCUUGGCAGAUAAACGAAGAGACAUAUCGAAAGACAAUUGAAGCCGAAGCAGGCGCUUCUGCGAAACCUGGCCCUCAGAUUUACUAUGGGUCCAUACACGAUAUUCUUUCAUACCCCUGUGAGGAUGGGAAACCAGAGCUAGUCCAAGCUGCUUCAGUCUCAAUACAUGGGAACCAUGGGCAGUAUAUUGAGAAUAUCCACCUCGAAGAGUACACUUCAGAAGAUCAUUUCUGGAAUGACCUGUAUCCUAACCGGUACAAGCGGCUCUUCUCCAAAGCCAAACAAUUCCUUGAUAGCACCGGUGGGCCAGGGGAUGAUGUGAUGGUUUUCAUCAGCUGCGGCUUUGAUGCGUGCGAGCACGAAUACUCAUCGAUGUCUCGACAUAAUCGGAAAGUUCCAACGUCAUUCUACUAUCAAUUUGCCAGGGACGCGAUCGAGUUCAGCGAUCGGUAUGCUCGCGGGCGGUUGGUCAGCGUCCUUGAAGGCGGAUACAGCGAUCGAGCUCUGACAAGCGGUACGCUGGCCCUUUUAUGUGGACUGGUUGGUGGUACCACUACCAUCGACCAAUCGUGGUGGAAGACAGAACAUCUUGAGGAGUUGGAGAAGGCUGCGAAGAAGAAACGAGGGGGGAGGCAAUCUCUGUCCACUGCACCCCAGGACCCUUGGCUUGCGCGAACCAUGUCGGUGUUCUCUGCAUUGGAAGCUGAGGGACCAAGGCCUUCGAAGAAGGCUGGUGUGCCGGUUCCCAUAUCAUCAAGAACACUACGCGAAAGAAAGACGGGGCCUGCUUCGAACGUGAAAGCCGCCACGCCUACUGCCUCGAAGCCUACAUCCCCUGCUGCUAAAUCCAUUGCGAUCCAGAAACCAAGGCCUCAGUCAAGAGGCGAAGGUGAUGCUUCGUCGUUGUCGUCUCUGAGUUCACAGAGCUCAGACGCUGAGAGCGGAGUUCCACCUGCUAGGAAACUACCCAAGGUCAUUCUACGUCUAGGACCGAAACCGGAGGAAUCUAGCUGA